AUGCUAGAUACCUACAUAGAUAGGAACAUUAGUCGUUUUUUUAUCUAUCUAUCUAUCUAUCUAUCUAUCUAUCUAUCUAUCUAUCUAUCUAUCUAUCUAUCCCAUUCUGCUCAUAAUCUAUCUAUCUAUCUAUCUCAUUCUAUUAAUUUCUCUCAGGCUCUUUAUAUGAGCAUAUGUAAAUCUGUUUUCUUUUCUCUUUCUCCCUUUCACUCUCUCUCUCUCCCUCCCUCCCUCUCUCUCUUUCUCUCUCUCAACACAAAAGCGUCCAUACGCGUCUUCCUUGCUUUAAAAGACUUCGCUGAUGUAGCCAUUGAUUGGUUCCCAUCGAUUAUUGCUCCCCCCCUUUUCUCCUCCUCCCUUCCAUUCUCUGACUGUCAAUUUGGCCUGGCGUCCCCCCCGACCUUUGUACUUUUCCCUUCUUAUUCUUUCCUUCUAUCAGUUUCUUUCUUUCUUUCUUUCUUUCUUUCUUUCUUUCUUUCUUACUCCUACUCCUUCUUAGAGAUUCUGCUUUUGCUUCGAUUCCUCAUUUUUUCUUUCUUUCUCUCCUUUACCAUUUUUUAUUUGUUCCCCUUGCAAUACAUCAUCUUUCUCUUCUGA